UACACGAUAGUGAUAAAAAAAACAUAAAUAAAAACUGUAACUUUUCCCCUGCUCAUUUCCCGUUCCCUCUCUCUGCCAAAACUCUUCACUCCCACAAAACCAUCGAGCAACCCAUAACUACCCUCACCCGACGCAUCUCUCUCCCUCACCCACCCUCACCCGACGGUCAGAAAAACCCCCACCACCCGACGAAGGAAAACCCAGUCCACCGGAGACCAAGCCUCACCCAAACCCCAACCCCCACCGGAGACGAAGGAAAACUCAAACCCCGAAGAAAAACCGACACCCCAUUACGCAAAAAUGUCUAGGAACUUAAGACCUCCACAACUGAUAGUUCCAGUAGAGGAACAUUUUACGGGACGUAUCACUUGGCGCGGCAGUUGGUACUUUCCAAAGAUUAAAGAAAAAUUUAUACAGUGUGGUUUAUUGGAUAGGGUGAAGGAAUCCCCUUUCAAACAGUUCUUCAUGGCGGAACCAUUAAAUUUUUCUGGUGCCUUAGUCCAUCAGCUAUUGUUGCACAAAUUCAGAGGGGAGAAGACUGACGAAGUCCAGUUUUAUAUUGGGAAAAAACGAUGUAGAUUUAGCCAAUUGGAGUUCGUUUUAGUUACUGGUUUAAAUUUCGAGGGCGGACCGUCUGAAGCUGAGAUUAAAGCGAAGACCCCUUCGGAUCGGUUGAUUCUUGAGUACUUCAAUGGUCAUUCCCCAAUGAGCAUAGGGCAACUGCGCAGAACUUUUGAGACUUGUCAAAGUUGA